UUAUUUUCCUGCAAUCGCUAGUCUGCAGCAAGUUUGGAAAGUGAACAUCGCAGCUCGAAGAUGGGUACAUAUUUUUUCGAACUGACUGUCAUUGUCGGAAUUAUACAGUCCGGUGUUGCCUUGGAAUGUUACAAAUGCCCCAUCAAUACGAAGGACAUCUUUCACUGUAGUGAUCCGUUCGUAAACAACAACUACCAAACAUCCUGUGCCAAAGACGAAGACGUCUGCCUCAAGAUGUCAGUCGGAGGAAUCAACAAUCACAUAGAGGAGCGAGGAUGUGCAAACAGGGCUUCAGUGGAAACAAUAUGCAACAGAGUGAAGCAGAACUUCCCUCCUGAAGACGUAACCUGUGAACUGUGCCAAACCGACCUUUGUAAUGGUUCCAGUCGACAAGAAAAUGCGAGUCUACUCUACUUUCUACCUCUGUGCUUCUUGAUAAAGAAUAUCCGUAUUCAAAUAACAUAACAUCAUACUUACAGCUUCAAGUUCAGUGACUGAUUGGAACUUCGUAAAUACGAAUUUAAAAGCUUGUAGAAGCCAAAUAAUACCACGUGAUAUAAUUAAAUUCACCAAUUAGUGGCCUUCUUGAGAAACAGACAGUCGUUUAUUUGAUCGAGGAAUUUCCCCUUUUAAGAAAUUCAACGAUUUAUUAGACAACCCACCAAACUCCAUUUCUUUGUGGACAAAUUAACAUCAAACUCCCAUCUCAUGAGCUUUCUCUUUCGGAUUAUCCGAUCAAAAUUGCAUAUCGCUCUCCAAGUAUGUUCUAUAACCCCUCCAUCUCGUCAUUUUUCGAUUUGAUCAUACUAACAUUCGGCGAAUAGUACAAAUUACGAAGUUUCUUCUAACCUCCAAUUACGUCCUCUAUAUAAAAGAACAAGUCGCCCUGAUGUUGGAGGCAGCAAGGAACUCUAAAACGUCGGUAAACUUCUACCAGACGACACGGCGCUACAACCCAGACCUUAACAAACCGCAUAAGUUAAAAUAAAAGAGCUCAGAAAAGAGAUGUAACCUGGAAGAACCUGUAUUAAAGUUGAAGUAUAGUAGCCAUCACACAAUUGCUUGCUUCAAGGCCACAGUAGGACUUAGUCCCUUCCCCCUUUCCGUGCAGACCUAAGUGCUAAUAGGGUGUUGCUAGCUUCGCUACACUGCUAGUUCUGAACUUUCUUUACUCGUGUUGCAACGCUACAUAAUUUUCAUGUGACCUUGAAGACUAUGAUUUGGUGACGGCUACUAUAAAAAAGCUAUUAUUCAGCUUUCAGUAAUGUAAGUCACAAGUGAAUAAACAAUAA